AUGAAAAUCCGAGCAUUUGAUAUAUUGAGAUUGUUGUUGCAUUUUACAUUAUCCUCAGCGAACUUAGUGCUGCAAUAUUAUGAAGCCAUACCAGUGUUUGAAAACAAAAUGUCUAUUUUGGAUCCAAUUGACACCAAGCCCGCGGACUCUCUUGCAAGAUGUGCCAUGUUCUGUGGUUUUGGAUGCAAGACUUUUAGCUUUAACCAUGAUGCAGGAUUGUGCCUCACAUAUAAUACAUGUCAUAUCUUAAAUAAGACAGUAACUAAAAUUGGAUGGCAACUGUACAAUAGCCUUUCGUAUCGUCUUGGUGAGGAAGAAUGCAAAAGAUCUAGUUUAGGAUACGAAUAUACAGGGAAGGUUAGCGUCACAGAAUCUAACAGAACCUGUCAAGCAUGGAAUUCCCAAACUCCGCAUGAACACAAAAACUUUACCAAUCUCCCAGAAAACUAUUGCAGGAACCCGGAUGGCGAGCCCGCUCCUUGGUGUUACACUACAGAUCCGAACAAGCGCUGGGAAAUCUGCAACAUCCCUUAUUGUGGUGUUGUUGAAGAAGAAUGUAAAAGAUCCAAAUCAGGCUAUGAAUAUACAGGAAAGGUUAGCGUCACAAAAUCUGGGAAAACCUGUCAAGCAUGGAAUUCUCAAACUCCACAUAGUCACACCUUCACCAGUCUUCAAGAAAACUAUUGCAGGGCAAUAGAUAAUGAGCCCGCUCCUUGGUGCUACACUAUGGAUCCGUACAAGCGAUGGGAGCUCUGCAACAUCCCUUAUUGUGUGACAUGUCCAUUGGAAUGCGUUCGAAAGAACGACCCUAAGGGCAAAAAAUACUUCGGGACUAUAACCGUGACAAAAACAGGAAUCCCGUGUCAGCGCUGGGAUUCAAAAACACCACACAAACACCAGUUUGAUGAGCUGGCUGAUCAUGAAAACUAUUGUCGAAACCCAGACGAGGACAACGGUCCUUGGUGUUAUACGACAAAUGACACCCAACGAUAUGACUUCUGCCCAGUUCCACAUUGCUAGUUAUACCAGACAAAUAAAAUGAUAGAUAUAGACUGGAACUUAAAUGUAAAUGUUUCUCCUUAAUAUGAAAUAAGUGUUCUUAAUCAAUGCAGAAAUAAAAACGAUGCAUUUUUUCUUCUCUAUGUUUUAUUUUCUAACGUAAUAUAUUCUAUACGGUUUAUUAGUAUUUGAGAUCCCUUAAUUCUGUUUGAAAAAAUGGCCUGUUUG